AUGCAAUUAUUGAUUUAGAUAUGAAGAAGUAUCUGCAUUAAUGCUUAAUUAAUAGUUUACCUUGCCUAUAGGCACUUCAUUGCAGCAAAUGCAACGUCAACUUUUCAGUCUAUCAUAUCCAGUUACCCAGGGGAUCUGGUUCUUGUAUCAAUACAGUGUCCGAAUCCCGAUUUCAACAGACCACAAUACAGAUGGAGAAUGUUGCAGCGGUCAUUAGUUGAAGCAGUAGCUGAUAUGCUAGUGUUUGGUGGGAAGGUAUUUCUCCAGUCUGAUAUUGAAGCUGUGGCUGUGAGAAUGAAAGAUGAAUUCAUGGGGCAUGGCAAAGGAAAGCUCGCAGUUGUGGAGCAUUCAGGGCAAUGGCUGAAGGAAAAUCCAUUUGGAGUUGCAUCAGAUUGGGAAAAGCAUGUUCUGGAACGCGGUGACCCCAUGUAUAGGCUUUUACUCUUUAAACUGGGAAGCUGAAAUUGCUAUGCUCUCUACACAGUUAUACCUCACCUCUGGAGAAAAAGGGUGUAUGGCAGCAAAGUUUGAAUUAUGACUGGUCACAAGCAUGUAAGACGCUUGCAGUCGCCUUUCUGAAAGCCUUGGGAGCAUUGAUGAUCUGUAAGGCGCGAACCAUUUAUACAUUCUAUGACCAAGAAUCGGGAAAUCAAGCACUCCAUUCGCUGCCGAAUUCUACUUAUGAAUGUUUUGAUAUGUACCUAAUUCUGUACACACACCAUGAUAUGAGUUCAAAGAGUAACCUAUAAGAAAAGAUGGUAGGAAUACCCGGAACGUAGCUCUAUCUGAACUUACCUCCUUCCUAUCGGCUUCGGACCGAAGAUGGAUCUAGCAUUACGCAAUCUUUCUAAGAAAAAUCAUCGACUGACUGAGUGAAAGGACAAGGCAUUUUGGUUGGCUUGGUGGAACUUUGCCUAGCCUACCAAGUGGAUCAGGGAAUUCAUUGCCAAUGCCAUAGCCCAUAGCCAGAGAGACAAAGUAGAAAAUGCAGGGGGAAUUCAGAACUGCACAGAUAUUUGAGGUAUUUGUACUUGUGAAGUCUUGAGUGUAGCAAUUGGUCAAUAACAAUAUUGUGUUGCCUCUCUAGUCUCUACUCUUUUUUGCCCUUUAGACCCCAAUCACCAAUUACAUAAGCUAUGAGAUUGAGAUUUAUGGAGAAGAUAGAGAAACCUU